GUGUGUGUGUCUGUGUGUAGGUGUGUGUGUGUGUCUGUGUGUGUGUGUGUGUGUGUGUCUGUGUGUAGGUGUGUGUGUGUGUGUGUGUCAGAGGACGUUUGGAGGUGGAUCUGCUGUAACUUAAUCUCUGCUCCGCUGCAGGUUUUCACUCUGAAAGCAGCUUUGUUCUCUGGCAGAUCAGCGUCACACUGACCCAGUAAGACCAGUAAGAGCCAAACAGAACCACUGCAUGUGACAGAACCUUAGCUUUCUGAUCCAGACUCACACAGAUCCAACAGAACCAGCCGGUCGGACCCGUGGUUCAGCUGGAGGACCAUCUGAAGAUCCGUUGACCUUUCCCUGCGACCUCUGGUUUCAUCAGAUGUGUUGACGUGUGGCCUCUACGUGGAGCGCGACCUCGACGGGCGGCAGGAGUCAGAGCUGGAGAUGCUCCUGAAGCUGCACCAGUUCACCGAGUGGCCAGCAGAGGGCAGCGAUGCUCCGCUUCAACAGCACCGAGCUGCAGUCUCUCCUGCUCUCCGUCCUGCAGCACUGCCUCAACAGCAGCGGCCUGCAGCCGCCCGGGAACCACACUACCCAUGAUGCUUUGCAGCAAGCGGCGGCCUCCGCCAGGGGGCGCCCUCAGCCUGAGGAGCUGAUGUUCAUCCUGCUGAUGGUCGGCCUCUUCAGCUUCUUUACCUUCGGCAUCAUGCUGAGCUACAUCCGCUCCAAGAAGCUGGAGAGCUCCCAGGACCCGUACCACCAGUACAUCGCCCAAGACUGGAGCACGGUGGCGGGGCCGCCCAGGGCCGUAGCUGAGGCGCUGCAGCGGGGGGCCCAGGACCCGGUGGUCCUCUGCAACCCAGCGGCUCUGCAGCCGCUGCCAGAGUAAACUGACGACGAUUCUCCAGGCCUGGAGGAUCAUCUGAGGAUGAU